AUGUGGUGGUCCGUAACAGUGUUAUCAUUUUUAUUAAACGGAGUCUGUGAAGCAGGUAUCACAAGUUCAUUCAUUAGAGUGGCCGCACCUUCCAUUGAGAUCCCCAAAGAAGAUUUCCCUCCACCUCACGGUUACAAUGCACCUGAACAGGUCCAUAUAACACAAGGUGAUUACACCGGAAACGGUGUGAUAGUCUCGUGGGUGACCCCUGUAGAGAAAUACCCAAACUUCGUGACAUAUUGGAAAGCCGAUGAGAAAAAUGGUAUCAAACGCAACCGUGUGCGUUCAAAAAUCACCACUUACCGAUACUACAACUAUUCUUCCGGCUACAUUCAUCACGCUACAAUCAAUAGACUACAGUAUAACACAAAGUACGCAUAUGAGCUCGGGCAUGGUAACGGCACACGCCAAUUUUGGUUCAUGACACCUCCCGAAAUAGGCCCCGAUGUUCCCUACACAUUUGGGCUCAUUGGUGAUUUGGGACAAACGCACGCAUCGAAACAAACCUUGGACCAUUACUUGGCUACCAAGAAAGGCCAAACUGUGUUGUUCCUCGGUGACUUCUCAUACGCUGAUGUUCAUCCUUUUCAUGAUAACGAGAAAUGGGAUACGUACGGCCGGUUUGUCGAGAAGAGUAAUGCUUACGAGCCAUGGAUAUAUACCGCCGGAAAUCAUGAAUUGGACCUUGCUCCUGAAAUCGGAGAAUACGUUCUUUUCAAGCCAUACAAGCACCGAUACCGUGUCCCUUUCCGAGCUUCCGGAAGUACAUCGCCACUUUGGUAUUCCAUUAAGCGUGCAUCGGCACACAUCAUCGUGCUUUCUUCUUACUCAGCUUUUGCGAUAUACACUCCUCAAUAUACAUGGCUAGAACAAGAACUCACGAAAGUUAACCGAAGCGAAACCCCAUGGCUGAUUGUUAUGAUGCAUUCGCCGAUGUACAAUAGCAACAACUACCAUUUCAUGGAAGGGGAAACCAUGAGAGUUGUUUUCGAGCCGUGGUUUGUCAAAUACAAAGUCGAUCUCGUGCUUUCCGGUCAUGUUCAUUCAUAUGAACGCUCGGAGAGAGUAUCAAAUAUUCAAUAUAAUAUAACCUCUGGAUUAAGUACCCCAGUCAAAGACCCUUCGGCUCCAGUCUACAUUACCGUUGGUGAUGGCGGAAACAUAGAGGGUAUCGCCGAUAGUUUUACGGAACAUCAACCAGAUUACUCGGCUUUCAGAGAAGCGAGCUUUGGGCAUGCGUUACUCGAGAUAAAGAAUCAAACGCAUGCCUUCUAUAGUUGGCAUCGUAAUCAAGACAAUGUGGCGGUUUCCGGGGAUUCGAUUUGGUUUUAUAAUCGUCAUUUUUAUCCUAAAGAAGAGAGUAGCUCUAAAGGGUAG